GUGAUUGGCUGCCGACAUUGUGACGCCGGGUGGGUGUCGCGGAAAGACCUUGCUUGCCUUCGUUGACUGGCAGGAGUGUGCCUGUUCAGUGCUGCGAGGCGCCGAGCAGGGAGAGCCUGUGUCAAGUCAAAUCGCGGCCGGACAUCUCGGCCAGGGGACAGGGGGGAGCAUUGGCAGGAAGUGAGCCUGAGCUGAGAGCUGAGGCCAACCACGCAAAGGUACUUGUACCUCGAUACCUGGGCAUAUUAGGAGCAGCGGCUACUCCAACGAUCUGUCUGCCUCUUCUUCGUCCACUUUUAGAGCCCUCCCAGCAUUGCGAUGGACAGGUCCAGAGAAUCGACAGUGACCCUGGCUGAGAAUGAUGAUAUUCCCAUCCACCGUCGCCCAAGCAUCAUGGACAACGUCGUACCCGAGCAUGUUCCAGAUCACCUUCUGGAUGACGCAGAAGUGCCCGAUUCGUCCAAACGUCUAAUCAUGGCUGUCGACUUUGGAACCACCUACUCGGCGGUUGCAUACGUCGCACUUGAAGGGGAACCAGGAGAGUCGGCCGGCUGUCUCGAUCCCACGCGCAUACGUACGAUACAAAGCUAUCCCGACGACACAACCUUUGGGGGGUUAGACGACGAAAUGCGAAGUGAGGUACCGACGGAAUUAAUAUACCCGUUGGAUCGAGGUUUUCGAAAGAAGGAAGACUUGGUGGCCAGGGGGAAGGAUUCCACAGAGGAUCAACGGGAGGACGUACCGGAGCCUGCCAUCGGCGAGUUUGAAGCAGAUCCGGACGACCCUCUAACCAUAUUUGGCGGGCAGGACGCCUACGAUUCGGAUCAGAUGUCUGUCGACGAGGCAGUCUCGUUCCGCUGGGGAUACGGAGCGCACGAGGCUUGGGGUAGAUCUGCCACCCACGCCAAUCCGGAGAACAAACCCCUGGCUCGUUUCAAGCUCCUUCUCGACAACAGUGAGCGGACGGAAACAAUUCGGAACGAACUAGGCGUGACGUUCCAGGAGCUCAAACGGAGAAGGAUCAUCAAGGACCCCCGCGAUGUCAUCGCCGAUUUCCUGACGUGCCUCUUGCGGCAUGCAAAAGCAGAACUCGAAGAUGCCGGGUUUGACGACAGCUACAAAUUGGAGACUAUCCUCUGCGUCCCGGCCAUCUGGAGCCAGAAGGCCUGUCGGGACAUGCAAACAGCCAUGGCAAUAGCCAUGGGUCAGGCAGGGUUUUCAGGCGUCGACGUUGAGAACAAUAAUAUUGACAAUCUCUUCAUUGUCUCUGAACCAGAAGCAGCCGCUGCAUUUGUCCUAGCUGAAUCGCGCGAUAUCUCGCCAGGCGAUACAUUUGUCCUCUUGGACGCAGGAGGCGGGACUGUUGACGCCAAUACCUACACCGUGAGCACCACCACGCCGUUGCGUCUCACCCGAGAAGUGGUACCGCCGGGUGGUGGUCUUUACGGAUCUAGCUACAUCAAUGAAAGCUUCCGUGAGCUCCUUCGACGUCGCCUUGCCGACGAAACAUACUUGGAGAGCGAGGACACAACGAUCAGCGGCUGUAUCGAAAAGAUCAUUAUCACCGACUUCGAGUACAGACUCAAACGGAUAUUCAACUGUUAUUCGGCAAAGGGCACGAAGCAAUUCGAUAUCCCUGGUCUUCGCCCCGAUCCUGCGAAAGGCUUCGGCCGGGGCAGCUUGAAGGUUCCCGUGAAUGAGAUCAAGCAGAUCUUCCUCGAUCGUAUGGAUGGCAUUGGGUCUAUCAUGGAAGAGCAAAUUGGCAAGGCCUUGGAAAAGGACGUCAAGAUUGAGAAAGUUCUUCUCAUCGGUGGGUUUGCUGGGUCAGUCUCACUCCGGAAGUAUCUUAGCGGUCGCCUUAGAAGCAUUUGUGAGCAAAAGAACUGCCCACUGCCAACCUUUCUACAUCCACCCCACACAGCCACCGCGGUUGCUCGCGGUGCUGUACUCCGCGCCUUUAACAAAGAGCGAGGUCCGCGGAGAUACGCCAGGUCCAGCUACGGAAUCCUACGAACAGAAAUAUGGGGAGAGUUCCCUGAGCAUGUCGAGGGGAAGAGGGCUUAUGACCCCCACGAUGGGCAAGCUUACGCAUUUAACACCAUAGACUGGGUGCUCAAACUGGGCCAAGAAGUCGAACCUGUCUGGACAUGCACCCCAUUUCUAUGCAGCCACACGUUUGACUGUUUUCCGAUGCGAUCUCUGAUAUGUAGGGAGGUCCUGUACGUGUCAGACCGAUCCAAAGACUCGCACUACCAGCUGAGCCAUCCCAAAAAUGCCGGCGCCGAAGAAGUCGGAGAAAUCGUCGUCGACUUCACCUUUCUCCGCAACGAGGGUCUGAUACAGCCUGUGGAUAGAGGGUUCAACAAGGAUGGCAAGCCGGUGGGCAAGCGGCACUACCGGGUGACCUACACCAUGGUUAUCAAGGUUGUAGACCGAGACCUGCGAUGCUACGCGAUAUAUGACGGCCGGGUUAGAAUGAAGUGCAAGAUCAACAUCGCGUCUGCUUUCCGGCCAGGGGUGAAAUAGGGUACGGGAGAGCCAGUGUGCAGGUUAGAGAUAUCUCCAACGGAUGCGAUGCCGAUAGUAUAACUCCGGAGAUAUCCUACUCCUACCGCCCGAGCUGCAUUGCCGCCGUUGACAUAAUAUUAGGUU